GCAAAAAAAAAAAAAAAAAAGGAGGAACUAAGGCGAUGAACCUGCUUUUGAGUAAUGUCAGAAGAAUUAAACUGCCGGGCCUUUUUUUUUUUUUUUGCGAGCUGUAAACAAGAGCGGGCGAUUUCACAUCUCUCUUAUAAUGCUGAAUAUUCUUGGUGCACUAUAAUAAUUGUAAGUCAGAGUGAGCUUCUGCUCCUGGAACGGCAUGAUAUUCGCGAGGUGGACAAAACUGCAUCAUUCUGCAUCUGAAGGGCGGGGUAAAGAAAAACAAUCAAGGAAAAUCCUAGUCCGUGAAUUCACAUAUAUUUGGCAGCUAUGGUCCCUGCGCUUAUCACAAAAAUAUGGGUCUUAUUUGUAGAGACUCGUAGUAGAUUCCCCAUCCCAGCCUUUUCUAGACUUAAGAGGAACUGUCUACCAGGAAGUUCUUGGCUAAGAAAUGUUUCUCUUCCUGGAAAAGAAAGACAUAUUUUCUAUUAUAGUCUAGAAAUUAGAUCAAUCAAUUAGAUGCGUUGAUCUGUAUCUGCAUUCUUGCAGAUCUGACAAGAAUAAGAGUUUAUUUUUCAACAUUGUCGUGCUUGGAGAUGAAUAACACUUGUUUCUAGCAUCAGGAAGUGAAGAGGGUCAUAGUUUGUAGAGGUUUCUUGAAUUGGGUGGAGCAGGGAAUUAAGUGAAGUUGGGCACUGCUGGCAGAAUCUGUUCAUUGCUUUUCAGACUGGUAGCUAUCCUUUGUAUCGUUGCCUAUGGCAAGGGUGGCAGAAUGCAACCUAUGCAGGCGGUAGAAAGAUUAAAGUGAUUGUGAGCUGAGAUCCAGUCAGUGAAAGAUGUCAUGGAAUCCUCAGUACCGGAGUUCUAAAUUCCGCCACGUAUAUGGCAAGGCGGCCAGUAAGGAGAACUGCUAUGACAACGUGCCCAUCACCCACAGUGUCUAUGACAACCAGUUUUGUGCUGUCAAUCCUCGUUUUAUUGCCGUGGUGACCGAAUGUGCAGGUGGCGGCGCCUUUCUUGUUAUACCAAUCAGUCAAACAGGAAAACUUGACCCUCAUUAUCCUCGCAUCUGUGGGCACAAAGGAAAUGUAUUAGACAUCAAAUGGAACCCCUUUGAUGACUUUGUAAUAGCAUCGUGUUCGGAAGAUACCACAAUUAAGGUCUGGAAUAUCCCUCAGCAUUUGCUAACCAAAAGCAUCACAGAUGCCCAGAAGGAUCUUCUUGGCCAUUCCAGAAGAGUGGGGCUUAUUGAAUGGCACCCAACUGCAAGUAACAUCCUCUUCAGCAGUGGUUAUGAUUACAAAGUCAUGGUCUGGAACAUUGAUACCAAAGAACAUACAAUUCAGACACCAGUAAGGACAAUCGGCUUCCAUACAGAUGUCAUCCUCUCCAUGUCAUUCAACACAGAUGGCAGCCUCUUAGCCACAGUUUGCAGGGACAGGAAAAUAAGGAUCAUUGACCCACGAGCAGGAACCAUCUUUCAGGAAGCAAGCAGCAAAUCUCACCGAGUGAAUAAAGUUGUGUUUCUAGGAAACCUGAAAAGGCUGCUCACCACAGGGACAUCCAGGUGGAAUAAUAGGCAGAUUGCCUUGUGGGAUCAGGAUGAUCUUUCUGUGCCUUUACAUGAGGAAGAUGUGGAUGGGUCAUCAGGCCUCCUGUUUCCUUUCUAUGAUACAGACACCCAUAUGUUGUAUGUGUUAAGCAAGGGAGAUGGGAACAUCAAGUACUAUGAGGUAAAUGUGGAGAAACCAUACCUACAUUACCUGAUGGAGUAUCGUUCCCCUUUCCCUCAGAAAGGAAUUGGUGUGAUGCCCAAGAGGGGCCUCGAUGUCUGUGCCUGCGAGAUUUUCCGGUUUUAUAAACUGAUUCCGGCCAAAAGCCUGAUUGAACCCAUUUCUAUGAUUGUACCCCGACGGUCUGAAUCAUACCAAGAGGACAUCUAUCCAAUGACAGCUGGAGUCCAGCCAUCAUUGACAGCACAAGAGUGGCUGAAUGGCACUAAUAAAGGUCCUGUCUUGAUGUCUUUGAGACCAGGUUCUGUCAUCUUGAAUUCUUUACCACCAUUUCUUGAGAAGGAGAUUGCCAUGGAAGCAACCAAGCCUGUCCCAUGCCGGGACAGAGUGACUGUUAUCACCGAAAAGUUGAAUGAAAUCCAAGAGAAAUGGGGGACCAGGAAGACCGAGGAAAGACAACAGCCAAACAGACUAAUGAAGUUAUCUAAUGGCGUUGAUACCUACGAAUGUCCUCCACCUAAAACAGAAAAUGAGCUGCUGCAGAUGUUUUAUCGACAACAAGAAGAAAUUCGGCGGCUCCGUGAAGUGCUGAUUCAGCGGGAUAUUCAGAUCAAACAGUUACAGCUUGAGAUCAAAAACCGUCAUGUGGAUUCUCGCCGAUUUUGACAGGCUAACAUUUGGAGUCUCAGAACCGAUGUUGCCAGGAAUCACCAUAUUUUGGAGAUUAUAAAUUAGAAGGAGAAUUUCAGAUUUAUUGGCAAGCUAUUGCCUACCUUGAGUGCCCAUAUCCUGCAAGCUGGAAGUUACUGGAAGUUACUGGAUGAGUUUUGUGGUGCUCUAUUUAUCGGACUCGUUCUUUGCAGGAAAGUCCAUGUUUCAAAGUAGUCCCCUAAUAACUCAGUUGGAGAUGCUUCAAAGAGGAAGCCAGACCUGCCUGGGUACGAACAUCUUUUCAGUCCCCAGUAGGCAACUGAACUUGGAAAUACAGUUGCUUGGACUUUCAGCCUGUUUAGCAUUCAACUGUUUCACAUGGUGAUGAACCAAAUAGUUCAACCAAAUUGUUCAGGAUUCUUUUUGUUCUGCAUUCUUGGAUGGAUCAGAAUGAUGUUGCACUGAAUUAGUUUUGUUUCCUAUAGCCAAGGAGAGUUUAUGUGGGAAUCGAAACCAUCACCUUCUCUUAGUCUUAUGAGUCAUCUUCUUCUAAAAUUAUAUUUAUGCCUAAGAGGGUAAGGACCAAAGAAAUGGGUGUCAUUAAUUUAAACAGGAAGUCAGAAAUAGAUGCUGCUGAGAGCCAAGUUUUGGAAAUGAAUGCUCUUUAUUGAGAUGGAGAAAAUGAGACCACUGCUGCUGAAGUGGUCUUAUCAGAGCCAGAGUGGAAGGCUUCUGUAGCCCAAGUCAAUGUGUCUUCCAUCUCAACCCAUAAUCUCUGAGGAUCACUUCAUGCCUUAAAUUAACUAGGGGUUUUAAUUACUAAUGCUCUUAAGAUGGCUUUCUUCCAAUUGUCUGAAGCUGAAUUUUCUACACACCGGUUCUUUCCUCCUUUAUUACUCUGAAUGUUGUACCAGAUCUUAUAAGCAUAUUGCAGUUCAGUGUGCAGAAGUGUGAAGAAACUUUUACCUAAUUCUGAUAAUCCUCUAUCAUCCUGUUUAUCAGAAACAAAAUUUUGAAACCUCUCAAAUUGCAAUACUUUUUUUCACUUUUCGUUUUCUGUUUUGAUGCCUGUGACUAAUAUUUCACCUGUUUCAUAUUUGUUUUCUUGCUGAUUUCUAUGAUAGACUAUGCAAAAGCACUGCCACCAACAAUUGUUUGAGAGCAGGAUCAACUACUCCAAAGAUUAUGAAGCCCAAGAUGGAGGGUCAGAGAUGCACCAGUCAUAAUAACAUUGUAAAAUACAACUACUUUUAUAGUUUGAGUUAAGACAUUUGUGCAAGGUUUAAGAAAAUUCCAAAAAAUAGAAAUUGAUAAGUUAGAAUUAAUAAUACAGAAGACUGGAGAAUAUUGUUUAAACAUUUAAUACAGAAAUACCACUGUUCACCCACCCUCUGUACUGCUUCUGUGUUUUAUGACUUAGCCUAUAACUGUGAUGGCAAACCUAUGGCACGUUUGCCACAGGUGGCAUGCAGAGCCAUUUGUAUGGGCACGCAAACCCCAGGCAAACUUAUCUCACUGCGCAUGUACACGCCUCCCGGCUGAUUUUCAACCUAUUUGAGGCCUUUGUUGGCCUGCCAGAGGCUUGAGGGAGGCCU